AUGAGAUCCUCCUCCUCCUUCCUAUGCAUUGCUCUCACCCUCUUUGCUACAGCACAAUGUGUCGUGGUUCCCAAGGCACAUGUUGUUCAUGAAAAGCGUGCCGUUACACCCUCACGAUGGGUCAAGCGUGAGAGGCUGUCUCCUGCUGUUAUUCUUCCCAUGAGGAUCGGGCUGAAGCAGAAAAACCUACAUCGGGGCUAUGACCUCUUGAUGGAUGUCUCACAUCCAGAUUCCGUCAAUUAUGCCAAGCAUUGGACUUCGCAUGAAGUCAUAGAAAUGUUCUCCCCUGACCAGAAGUCCGUCGACAGUGUGAGGCAGUGGUUGGCGGAUUUUGGUAUCGACAACACUCGUAUCAUACAUUCCGAUAACAAGGGUUGGCUGGCGUUUGAUGCUACCACGGAUGAGGUUGAAGAUUUGCUUCAUACCGAGUAUCACCUGUAUGAGCACGAAUCUGGCCAUGUGACGCCUGCUUGCGAGAGCUAUCACGUUCCAGGCUAUAUCCAAGAGCAUAUUGACUAUAUUACUCCCGGAAUCAAACUAUUUGCACCCACAAAGAGCCCUCUGGAGAGGCGCAGCUUUGAUGUUGUUUCUUUUCAGAGUAGCAAGGGAUCUGGCCGUUCUCUCAAGAAGCGUGUACCCCAGUCACUUGCAAAUUGCGACGUCGCCGUUACACCUGCAUGUAUCAGAGCUCUGUAUGGAAUCCCAGAAACUCCAGAAUACCCAGAUGGUGAGCCGCGCUACGACAACUCGCUGGGGAUCUUCGAGGCGGGUGAAGAAUACGCUCAAAGGGAUCUCGAUCUCUUCUUUGCCAAUUUCACCCCAAAUAUACCACAAGGCACUGCUCCAAUUCCAGCUCUUAUUGACGGCUCCAUAGCUUCAACAGAUGUGGCACACGCUGACGGCGAGCCUGAAUUGGAUUUCGAAAUAGCGUACCCUCUCAUCUACCCCCAGACUAUCACAGUAUUUCAAGCUCCAGGCUUCAAUAAUAUGUUAGAUGCUAUAGACGGAUCUUAUUGUAAUUAUACUGCCUUUGGAGAGACCGGUGACGAUCCGGUUCAAGAUGGCUAUACACCUAAUGGUCAACACCAAUGUGGACUUUAUACACCAACUAAUGUAAUUUCGAUCUCGUACAGCGGCCAGGAAGCAGAUCUUCCUCCAAGCUAUCAGGAGCGGCAGUGCAUGGAAUUCAUGAAACUCGGCCUCCAAGGUAUCUCGGUGAUUUUCUCCUCCGGAGACAACGGCGUCGCAGGCCAUCCUGGCGACGACAGCGACAACGGCUGCCUAGGAGAUAAUGGCUCCAUCUUUUCUCCCAGCUGGCCCAACAAUUGUCCCUACGUGACGAGUGUAGGUGCUACUCAAAUCGACCCCGGCUCUACAGUCUACGACCCCGAAAGCGCAGCUUACGAUGCCAACUAUAACUUUACCUCUGGCGGCGGCUUCAGCAACAUCUACACGCAACCUACGUACCAGCAGGAAGCCGUGGCUGCCUACCUCAAACAGUACCCGCCUUCUUCCCCUUCUUAUGACGGCAUCGCGAAUUUUGGCCAGGAUGGCGGAGUCUAUAACCGUCUCGGUCGGGGCUAUCCAGACAUCUCCGCCACCGGCCGCUCCCUGGCCAUCUUCACCCAAGGGAACCUCACACUCCUCGACGGCACCUCGGCCAGCGCGCCCCUCUUCGCAUCCCUCAUCACGCGCAUCAACGAGCAGCGUCUCAACCACGGGAAAGCACCACUUGGCUUCUUGAACCCGGCCAUGUAUGCAUAUCCCCAGAUGUUUAACGAUGUCGUGAAGGGCGGGAAUCAGGGCUGUGGUGCUGGGUUCGAGACUGCGAGGGGCUGGGAUCCUGUUACUGGGUUGGGCACCCCACGCUAUGAAUCCAUGUUAUCGAUCUUUAUGUCCUUACCUUAA